AUGCUGAACAUCGUCACCGUCCGUUGCGGGCACUGCACUAGCCUGCUGUCGGUGAACUUGAGGGGAUUGAUCCAGUCGCCACCUGUGCAAGAUCAUUCCCAGGAGAAUUUCAAGGCCCACAAUAUCAGCUUUCGUGGAAAUUACCCGGACUAUGGCACAUCUUCUAAAUACCGGAUGCCAAUGAUGUUCUCAACAAAAAGUGACCAAGAGCAUAUGCUCCACAUGAGACCAGCUCCUGAGAAGAGGCAGCGGGUACCUUCAGCGUAUAACCGAUUUAUUAAGGAGGAGAUACGAAGGAUAAAAACAAACAAUCCUGACAUAAGCCACAGAGAAGCCUUCAGCACCGCAGCAAAGAAUUGGGCGCAUUUUCCAAACAUUCAUUUCGGGCUAGGCUCCAAUGAGAGCAGCAAGAAGCUGGACGAGGCCAUCGCGGCGCCUAUCCCCCAGAAAGUUCAAGAGAAGUUUAACAAGGUUUACAAACCCGAAGGCCAAAAUAAAAGCUUUUUAUCAUGGCAUAAAAUUACGCAAGUGAUUUGCUCCGGCCAAUGCCCAAUUCCGUGCCUCGUUACAGAAUUUGGAUAUGAUGAUGUGAGGAGGUGUAGAAAUGUUGUGGAAGACUCUUGA